AUGCACCCCACUUCCCUGAUAAUGACCUCGAGCUUACUUAUUAUUUUUACACUACUAGCAUACCCUGUGCUCACAACACUUAACCCCGCACCCCGAGAGCAAGACUGAGCCCUCUCCCAUGUUAAAACUGCAGUCAAACUGGCUUUCUUAGUCAGCCUUCUUCCGUUAUUUUUAUUCCUUAAUGAGGGGGCAGAAACAAUCGUAACUUCCUGAACCUGAAUAAAUACCCAAAUCUUUGACAUUAACAUUAGCUUCAAAUUUGAUUUUUACUCGAUUAUCUUCACACCAAUCGCACUCUAUGUAACCUGAUCCAUUUUAGAAUUUGCAUCUUGAUAUAUGCAUGCAGACCCUUUUAUGAACCGCUUUUUCAAAUACCUCCUUAUCUUUCUAAUUGCUAUAAUUGUCCUAGUUACAGCAAACAACCUUUUCCAACUCUUUAUUGGGUGGGAAGGAGUAGGCAUUAUAUCCUUCCUUCUUAUCGGAUGAUGAUAUGGGCGAGCAGAUGCAAACACCGCUGCCCUACAAGCAGUUGUAUACAACCGAGUCGGAGAUAUCGGUUUAAUUUUCGCUCUAGCAUGAAUAGCCACGAACCUUAACUCUUGAGAGAUACAACAAGUAUUUACAGCCGCCAAAGACUUCGAUCUUACUUUCCCCCUACUAGGACUUAUUGUUGCCGCCACCGGCAAGUCCGCCCAGUUCGGGCUUCAUCCAUGACUUCCCUCUGCUAUAGAGGGUCCUACACCGGUCUCUGCCCUACUGCAUUCCAGCACAAUAGUAGUCGCAGGUAUUUUUCUUUUGAUCCGAAUAAGCCCUUUAUUAGCAGAUAAUCAAACUGCCCUUACCAUCUGCCUUUGUCUAGGAGCCCUCACUACCCUAUUUACCGCCACCUGUGCUUUAACCCAAAAUGACAUUAAAAAAAUUGUUGCGUUCUCAACAUCAAGUCAAUUAGGACUAAUAAUGGUGACUAUUGGCCUAAACCAGCCACAGCUCGCCUUCCUCCAUAUUUGCACCCACGCCUUCUUUAAAGCAAUACUUUUCCUCUGUUCUGGCUCUAUUAUUCAUAGCCUCAACGACGAACAAGACAUCCGAAAAAUAGGAGGUAUACACCAUCUCACCCCUUUUACAUCCUCCUGCUUAACCAUUGGAAGCCUUGCCCUCACAGGCACCCCUUUCUUAGCAGGCUUUUUCUCUAAAGAUGCUAUUAUUGAAGCAUUAAACACAUCCCAUUUAAACGCCUGAGCCCUUGUCUUAACCCUUUUAGCUACCUCCUUCACAGCCAUCUACAGUCUCCGUGUUAUUUAUUUUGUUUCCAUAGGCCACCCCCGCUUUAAUUCACUUCCUCCUAUUAAUGAAAACAACCCAGCAGUUAUUAACCCCAUUAAACGACUAGCCUGAGGAAGCAUUAUUGCCGGUCUCCUAAUUACUUCAAAUAUUUUUCCCCUAAAAACCCCUGUAAUAACUAUGCCUCCUCUCCUUAAACUUGCCGCAUUAAUCGUUACAAUCCUGGGCCUUCUUCUAGCCCUCGAACUAGCCUCACUAACAACUAAACAAUUUAAAACAACUCCCCACUUACCGCUUCACCAUUUCUCUAAUAUACUAGGCUUCUUCCCCGCAAUUAUCCAUCGACUCACCCCUAAACUUAAUCUCGUGCUUGGUCAAACAAUUGCUAGCCAAAUAGUAGACCAAACGUGACUAGAAAAAACGGGCCCCAAGGCCGUAACCACCUUAAACAUUCCUCUCGUUACAACCACAAGUAAUACACAACGCGGCAUAAUUAAAACGUAUCUCGCCCUUUUCCUAUUAACUCUCGUCCUUACCACCCUUUUAUUUGUCAAUUAG